CUCUUUUUAUCCCAAGUUUUAAAGCCUUUUUUUGUGCAAGAUUCAACUAUUGAUGAAGAACAUCCUUUAACAUAAUGUGCAACAAAGAUUUUCAGUCUCCACCUUCCCCUCCAUCAGUUCAGAUGAAACAAGCCCGAAUAAUGCUACCUGAUUUCUUACAAAAUAUUAAACUUAAGUACGUGAAAUUAGGCUAUCAUUAUUUACUGUCCCAUCUUUUGUCUCUUUUUUCACUCCCCCUUAUAGCCAUCAUCUUUGUUCAAGGCUCCCAAAUGAACUAUCAAGACAUACAUUAUUUAUACCUCAAUCUUCAACAUAACCUUGCCACCAUCUUUAUUUUAUCUGUCAUUUUGAUUUUUGGAUCCACAUUCUACAUUAUGACCCGACCCGGAUCCGUUUACCUUGUAGACUAUUCAUGCUAUCGUGGUCCGGACCACCUCAAGGCAACGUACUAUAAAUUCAUGGAACAUUCGAGGCUUACGGGCGAUUUUGAUGAAACCUCACUUGAAUUCCAACGAAAGAUGUUGAGAAGGUCCGGUCUUGGAGAAGAAACGUACGUGCCAGAGACAAUGAAUUGUAUUCCACCAAAACCUUCUAUGGCUGCAGCACGUGAAGAAGCAGAGACAGUCAUGUUUGGUGCUCUAGACAAUUUAUUCAAAAACACUAACGUUAAACCAAAAGAUAUUGGAAUACUUGUGGUCAAUUGCAGCUUGUUCAAUCCCACUCCUUCUCUUUCUGCAAUGAUUGUUAACAAAUACAAGCUGAGAGGUAAUAUAAGGAGCUUCAAUUUGGGUGGAAUGGGAUGUAGUGCUGGAGUUAUCGCGAUUGAUCUUGCGAAAGACAUGCUACAAGUUCAUCGAAAUACAUAUGCAAUCGUCGUUAGCACAGAGAACAUUACACAAAAUUGGUAUUUUGGUGACAAGAAAUCCAUGUUAAUCCCUAAUUGCUUGUUCCGCGUGGGGGGCGUCGCCAUCUUGUUAUCAAACAAGACGGUGGACAAGAGGAGGGCGAAAUACAAGUUAGUUCAUGUGGUGAGGACUCACAAUGGUGCAGAUGACAAGGCCUUCAAAUGUAUAUAUCAAGAAGAGGACGAUAAGGGGAAAACAGGAGUGUCAUUGUCAAAACAUUUGAUAGAAAUUGCUGGAAAUGCCGUGAAGACAAAUAUCACUACAUUAGGUCCACUUGUUCUUCCAAUUAGUGAACAAUUUCUUUUCUUCAUGACUUUGGUAGGAAGGAAAUUGUUCAAUGCAAAAAUGAAACCAUAUAUCCCAAAUUUCAAGCUAGCUUUCGAGCAUUUCUGCAUACAUACAGGUGGAAGGGCUGUGAUUGACGAGCUUGAAAAAAACUUGCAACUUUUGCCAAUUCAUGUGGAGGCUUCUAGGAUGACUCUUCAUAGAUUUGGAAACACAUCUUCAAGUUCCAUAUGGUAUGAAUUGGCAUAUAUAGAGGCAAAAGGAAGAAUUCAAAGGGGUCAUAGGAUUUGGCAAAUAGCUUUUGGGAGUGGAUUCAAGUGUAAUAGUGCAGUGUGGCAAGCACUUAGGAAUGUAAGGCCAUCACCAAAUAGUCCUUGGGAAGAUUGUAUCCACAGAUAUCCUGUGAAAUUAGCCUACUAAAUUUCACUAGGAAGUUUGAAUGGAUUUUUAAUAUUUGAUUUAGAACUUUGUGUAUUAUAAUAUUUGAAAAUGGUGAAGUUCAAAGGUUUGUAUGAAAAUAUUGGUUCAGCUAA